CAGGCCCCCCCGCGCACGCCCCACGUGGGUGGAGGUUUCCAGAAGAGCCGAGGCCGCGCGCGCCUUGUCCAUCCUCGCCUCGUUCCGCCACUGCCGCCAUGAUCAGCGCGCGCCGCGCCGCCGCGCGCCUCCCGCUGCUCCUGCCGCGCGCCGCGCCCCCCCCCGCACCCGGGCCCGCGCAGACAUUUUGGAAUGGUCUCAGUCAAAAUGUUCUCAGAGCGGCAUCCAGCAGAAAAUAUGCCUCAGAAGCAAUUAAAGGUGCAGUUAUUGGAAUUGAUUUGGGUACAACAAACUCCUGUGUGGCAGUUAUGGAAGGAAAGCAAGCAAAGGUGCUGGAAAACUCCGAAGGUGCCAGGACAACACCAUCAGUUGUUGCGUUUACAGCGGACGGCGAACGCUUGGUUGGGAUGCCGGCAAAGCGGCAGGCGGUGACUAACCCACACAACACCUUCUACGCUACCAAGCGACUCAUCGGGCGGCGCUAUGAUGACUCUGAAGUGAAGAAGGACAUUAAGAACGUUCCAUUUAAAAUUGUCCGUGCCUCCAAUGGGGACGCCUGGGUAGAGGCUCAUGGGAAACUCUAUUCUCCAAGCCAGAUCGGUGCCUUUGUGCUAAUGAAGAUGAAGGAAACUGCAGAAAAUUACCUGGGACAUUCAGCGAAGAAUGCUGUGAUCACAGUCCCUGCCUACUUCAACGAUUCGCAGAGACAGGCUACAAAAGAUGCUGGGCAGAUCGCUGGCUUGAAUGUUUUGAGGGUGAUUAAUGAACCGACAGCAGCUGCUCUUGCCUAUGGUCUGGACAAGUCUGAAGACAAAGUUAUUGCAGUCUACGAUUUGGGUGGUGGCACGUUUGAUAUUUCCAUUUUGGAAAUCCAGAAGGGAGUCUUUGAGGUGAAGUCCACCAAUGGUGACACUUUCUUAGGAGGAGAAGAUUUUGACCAGGCUUUGCUACAACAUAUUGUUAAAGAGUUCAAGAGAGAGACGGGUGUUGACCUGACUAAGGACAACAUGGCCCUGCAGAGGGUGAGAGAAGCCUCAGAGAAAGCAAAGUGUGAGCUUUCAUCGUCCGUGCAGACUGAUAUUAAUUUGCCAUACCUUACUAUGGAUGCCUCUGGACCAAAGCACUUGAACAUAAAGCUGAGUCGCUCACAGUUUGAGGGCAUUGUAGCUGACUUGAUCAAAAGGACGGUGGCUCCGUGCCAGAAGGCCAUGCAGGAUGCUGAAGUCAGCAAGAGUGACAUCGGUGAAGUCAUCCUCGUCGGCGGGAUGACCAGAAUGCCAAAGGUGCAACAGACUGUACAGGAUUUAUUCGGCCGUGCUCCUAGCAAAGCAGUUAAUCCUGACGAAGCUGUUGCUAUUGGUGCAGCUAUUCAGGGUGGCGUGUUAGCUGGUGACGUUACCGAUGUGCUGCUGCUGGACGUAACUCCUCUCUCCUUGGGGAUUGAGACACUGGGAGGUGUCUUCACAAAGCUCAUCAAUAGGAAUACUACCAUUCCAACUAAGAAGAGCCAGGUGUUUUCUACAGCUGCUGAUGGGCAAACUCAAGUGGAGAUUAAAGUAUGCCAAGGGGAGAGAGAGAUGGCCAGUGACAACAAGCUGCUUGGCCAGUUCACAUUGGUCGGGAUUCCUCCAGCACCACGAGGAGUGCCCCAGAUUGAGGUCACUUUUGACAUCGAUGCUAAUGGUAUCGUUCAUGUGUCUGCCAAGGAUAAAGGCACCGGACGAGAACAGCAAAUUGUUAUCCAGUCUUCUGGUGGCCUUAGCAAAGAUGAAAUUGAGAACAUGGUGAAGAAUGCAGAGAAGUAUGCAGAGGAAGACAGGCGAAGGAAGGAACGCGUGGAAGCUGUAAACAUGGCCGAAGGCAUCAUCCAUGAUACAGAGUCGAAGAUGGAGGAGUUCAAGGAUCAGCUGCCAGCAGAUGAGUGCAACAAAUUGAAGGAAGAAAUUGCUAAAAUGAGAGAACUUCUGGCUCGUAAAGACACUGAAACAGGAGAAAACAUCAGGCAGGCAGCAACCAGCCUGCAGCAGGCUUCCCUGAAACUCUUUGAAAUGGCAUAUAAGAAGAUGGCCUCUGAGCGAGAGGGCUCAGGAACCUCGGGGGAUCAGAAGGAAGAGAAACAAUAAGAAGUCUCUGUCUUGCCUUGACUGGAGUAUGAAGAAGAGGUCGAUUUUCUUGACGCUUGGGAGAGAAAGGACCUUCCUGAGCAGCAACAGGCAGAAUUCAGACUUACUGUGUUUUUGCAGUAUUCUAUAUAUAAAAUUCUUUAAUGUAUAAACUUAGUGAUGUGUCUGCUAGAUAAAUUGUCACUUGAUGAAAGUUAAUUUGUGCCAGGCAAAGUUCUGAGUGUUUGGCCCUGUGCUAUUCGGCUGAGGCACCUGGGGACUGAUUGUUGAUUUCUGAUUCCGGCACAAUGGUGAACUAAAUCGAUACCACAGUUUGGAAACCAUGUCACUAAAUUUAGGGGUAGAGGUGGAAGUCCUGCUGGAACUCGAAGGAGAAUGACGCCUGUACAGACCUUUGGCAUGGAUGUGGGUACUUAUGAGCAGAUGGUAAGGCCUGCGAGCAGCAGUGGCCAGCCUGGAGAACAUCUGGAUCUGCAGCUGGGCUGGGAGCCUUGUUCUGAAGGCAGAGGGGCUACUUCAAAUUUAGCUGUAACAUUAUUUCUUACGGAAGAGGCUGUGUUAAAUACUUUGCUUGUCUGAGCCUUCUGCUCCAUCCUGUGUCUGUUCUCUGCUUAUGGUAAAACAAUUUCCUUGAUAAUAAAACUGUUAUUGGAUCCAUUCUGGAUUUUUUUUAAAUAAAAGCAGAAAAGUGUCCAA